AUGCAGCUUUCUUUUACUAUUAACCCAUCCUGCUUUGGAUUGUUUGUCCGACCCAAAUCGAAUGCCCAAGGCAAACAAUCCGAUAAACAAGAUUCAGAUGACGAACCCAAAGUAAGUAUCGCGAUUCCUACUAAGUAACGCGAUGAUCAAUCUCAUCCAAAUAAUAACAAUUAGUUGAUAAUGAAAAACAGGUCAAUAACAAUAUGUUCUAACACAUCCACAUUGCCCGAGACUCUCUCCACCUCCUUCCACAACCAAGAACUCAACCAAUCUGCGUUAGAUUAAAAUAAAGAAGAUAUAUUUUACAAAACCAUGCCUACCUCCUUUCAGUAAUUCCAGUUCAAAAACAAGAGAAGAUAUGAACCCUAAGCACAAAUCACCCAAUAUCAAAUUAAAUUGGACCAAAUUCCUGGAGAUUAGAGAACCACCUUAAUGAUAAGGAACAUUCCAAACAAAUAUACUCAGCCCAUGUUGUUGGAGAACUUUGAUAUCAAUCAUAAAGACAAUUAUGACUUUUUUUAUCUCCCCAUAGAUUUUACUAACAAAUGUAAUGUUGGGUAUGCCUUCAUCAAUUUCUUGGAUUCCAAAUUCAUCCCCAAAUUCUUUCUAGAGUUUCAUGGAAAAAAGUGGAAGCUCUUCAACUCAGACAAAAUAUGUGAAAUAACCUAUGGUAGAAUCUAGGGAGUGGAGCAAUUGCAAGGGCACUUCCAAUAUUCAACCAUUAUGUAAGAGAAGGUAUUCCAUUUAAUCUACCUGUAGGACAAGAGACUUAAGCCGAUUUUCAAAAAAUAUCAAUCAGAUCAACAAUUUAAACGAAAAUGA